AUGGGGCUACUCUCGUUGGGGACGCCUCUCACGUGGUUUGAAUCGCGCCAAUACAAUGAACAUGUAAAGAAGAACGGGGUACAGCAGCUUCUUUACAUAUUCAAGGCAGCUGGCUCGAGAAAGGACGAUAUUCUGCUUUGGGGAGACGAAUUAGAGUUCAUGCUUUGCCAGUUUGAUGAGAAGAAGAAAAACGUAAUGCUAACUGUCAAAGAUGAUGACGUGCUAAAAAUUUUGAAUACGGAAGAACUGGAGUUUUGCAAAGCCCACAAUGCGUCUUUUCACGCCGAAUAUGGACGGUAUAUGGUUGAAGCUACGCCGGCUGAACCUUAUCGUGGCCAAGUGAAUGAUUACGUGGAGAAAAAUAUGCGCGAAAGAAGAGCAAUUGUGGAGAAACAUUUCAAAGAGCGUGGUAUUGAAUUACUCUCGCUGGCCGCAUUUCCCCGGAUGGGUUGUGAAGAGUUCACCAAUAUAGAACACCCAUGGGAUCACCAUAAUGAGGCAUCACGCUCCCUUUAUUUGCCGGAUGAAAUUAUUAACCGCCAUGCGAGGUUUCCGACUUUAACGUCGAACAUUCGGACGAGACGGGGAGAGAAGGUUUGUAUGAAUGUGCCCAUGUAUCAAGACGAGAAAACGCCAAAAAACGAUGAUACUGUAUAUACUCGCGAUUGGUUCAGUUCGGAGGAUAAGGAAGGACCUCUUGCAAUGAAGCGUGGCCAAAUUUACAUGGAUUCGAUGGGUUUUGGAAUGGGCUGCUGUUGUUUGCAGUUGACGUUCCAGACUCCGACAGUCGGCAAGGCACGUUACCUCUACGAUACUCUUGCCAACUUCGCCCCGAUUAUGCUGGCCGCUACUGCUGCUUCACCUGCCUUCAAAGGCUGGUUGGCCGAUCAAGAUGUGCGUUGGAAUGUUAUCUCAGGAGCAGUUGAUGAUCGCACUCCAUUUGAACGUGGCGUCGAACCUCUUCUACCUGAGUACAAUAAUGGACAUGGUGCAUCUAUCAUGAAAAAUCCAAUCAGGAUCCCAAAAUCUCGUUACAGCGUCGUUGAUUUGUUCUUAGGUGGUAACGCUUUUUUUGAUCGUAAAUUCAACGAUACUGACGUUCCAUUGAACGAAGAAGUUCUUCAAACGCUGCAAGAGAAUUCGAUUUUUACAAUGGAUUAUGAUCUGGCUCGCCAUUUUGCCCAUCUCUAUAUCAGAGACCCCUUGGUCAUAUUCCAAGAGUGUGUCAAUCAGGAUAACAAGACUUCAACAGACCACUUCGAGAAUAUCCAAAGUACAAACUGGCAAACUUUGAGAUUCAAGCCACCUACGCAACAAGCAACUCCUGAUAACAAAACUGUACCUGGGUGGCGAGUUGAAUUUAGGCCCAUGGAAAUUCAGCUUACUGAUUUUGAGAAUGCUGCCUACAGCAAUUUUAUAUAUCUAAUUGUUGAAGCUAUUCUUGAGUUCAACAGCGAAAUCAAUGGUUAUAUGCCAAUGUCCCAGAUAUGGGCCAACAUGGACACUGCGCAUCACCGCGAUGCUGUAUUAACAGAAAAAUUUUAUUGGAAGCAAGAUUUUGAGAAUACUCUGACAGGAGAAUAUACUAUGGACGAAAUAUUCCACAAUGAAGGAAAUGGUAUUUUUCCAAUAUUCAUAGAUCGUAUCUUGAAACACAAGGGGUACGUUUCGACAAACUGGCGCGAUCUUCGUGCCUCUGAAAACGGAUCUCUUGUAAGACUCUAUUAUUAUUUGAAGCUCGUCUCUGAUAGAGCUGCAGGAAUAUUACCAACGACAGCCAAGUUUAUGCGUGAUUAUGUUCUCUCACAUAACUCUUACAGUCAAGAUUCAAGGGUCAGUAAGGAUAUCAAUUUUGAUCUACUGCGGGUGGUGGAGAGAAUUUCGCACUUGGAUAACUCCAAUAAAGACGUGACCAACUUCCUAGGACAAGAAAUUGCCCAGUACAUCUUAGAACAUAGAAUAUAG